CAUCUACAAGCCAAAUAAUGAGCUCCGACCUUUGCCGUAUGUAUCUAGUAACGUUUUCGCAAAAAGCUUCCCAUGUCCUAUCUUUUCGCAUGGGUUGUGAGGUACUCAGGCUUAUGGAUACAUUAAAUCCGUAUCCGCCUUGCAAUGGUUGAGAUGGAACAACGAGAGGACCAGGAUCAGGUGCCAAAGCGGAAGAGAAUAGCCACAGCAUGUAAAACAUGCCAAAGGAAAAAAAUUAGAUGCGAUGGGAAGGUGCCAUGCACUUACUGUUCUGAGCAUAAACUCGACUGUAUGUUUAAUCAGUCUGGGCAGAGGCGAGGAUCUCGGAGAGGCCCGAAAUAUAUGGAUGAAAUUGAAAAAAGGUUGAAAAAGAUGGAAUCGCUGCUGAACGGCUCAAGUGGAAUUACUGAAACUGAUGACAGCCAGACAAGCUCGACGUCAAUAGGCAUGCAACCUUCGGAUGAUCAGAACGAAGCCAGGGUUUUGACAACCCAUCCAGCUCCUAUUACGUCACCCGAAGGCUCUGCUAAUCAUGAUCCUGAAUCACUUGAAGAGAUAUCAAUGCAAGAUAUGGCCCAUCCGUCCUCAGCUCCUAGUAUGAGGAGUUGUAUAACUAUGGAUCGCGACCUCGGGCCCGACACCGAUAAUCUAUCAAGCUUGUGUUCGAGAGGUGUUCGAUCUCCCGCGACUUUCGCGGAUCCCCUUGCUAUUGAUAGAAUUGGAGAGAAUCAUUACGUUGGAUUCUUGGCUGGACUCUCUAUAUUCUCGCCAAAAGGUAUACAGUGGGUUAUUGAGAGGACUGGAAACACGAGAUUCAAAGAUGCAAUAUUGGCGGCCACUCAAGAUGAGUCUAUGGUGGAAUACUGGCGAGCAGAUUCCUUCAGCUCACUAUUUACUCGCCAAGUCUUUCGGCAGCUCCCCCCUAAGGAAGAAGCGAUUGUGAUUGUGGAAAAGUUCUUCCGUGACUUCAACAGUGUCUGCCCAUUAUUUUCUCAGCCGCUAUUUAUGGCCCUUCUGGAGAGACAAUACUCAGCGCAGCCGUACGACAGUGUUGGCUGGUGGGCUAGCUUGAACGUUGUCAUAGCUAUAUCGCUCGGACUACAAGCACUCGACAAUGUUCCUGCCUCUGUGUUAGAAAGUUCACGGGAUUACCUUAGAAACGGCUUGGCCGUCCUCACAGAACUCACCAUUCGAAGCACCGAUCUUUUUGCUGUACAAGCAUUACUCGGUAUGGCCUUGCUCAUGCAAGGAACCCCCGACCCCCGCCCAUCGGCUUUUCUUCUUGCAUCUGCGAUGAGAUUAGCUCACACUAUGGGCCUACACAAACAGGAAUCACUUUGCAAUUUGAAUUCUGUGGAAGCAGAGCAAUGGAAGCGAGUCUUCUGGAUCGCAUAUCGCUUAGACAACGACAUGUGCAUUCGUUCGGGAUUGCCUUUAAUGCAAGAUAGCGAUGACAUGAAUAUUGAACUCCCGAGCGAAAACCCUGAAGACGGAUUAGGGCAAAUCCCUCUUCCAAGCGGAAAUGGAAAGGCGAAUAUAUUUCGCGCGAUGGCUGAGUUUGCUAGAAUUGAUGCUCGAGUUCACAAACAACUUUACUCUAGACAAUCCUUGAAGCAGUCUAGUGAGGAGCUUCUAAUCAGAAUUACUGAUCUCGAUAAUCUACUUGAAGAGUGGAAAGAAAACAUCCCAAUCGACUUCCAACCCGAUUAUGAUAUCAAAGUUGAGUCGCCUACCGCUCUCAGCUUGCACAUCAUCGUGCUGCACUUCUUAUACUUUCACUGCUCAAAUAAUAUACACCGAACUUCUAUACGCCAUAGCUCUUGGCUGAAUAGAUCUAGCCACGGCAUACAAGGGGCUGGGAUUGGAACCCUCAAUUCUCGAGUCUUCCAAUCGGUUUCGUUAUCUAUUUCUGCUGCUCGAUCUUCAAUCCGUCUGAUCAGGUACAUUCCAAUACAGGAUCAUGGUUUCGUGUGGCGCGUCUUAUAUUUUCCUGUAAACGCAUUCGUCGCGCUGUUCUCAAAUGUUCUACAAACGCCAAGUGGUCCUCGUACACGUUCCGAUCUCAGAUUAAUGACCUAUUUUGUGGAGUUUCUUCUAAAGUUGCAGGUUGAUGGUAACCAUGAGCUCAGGAGAAUUUUUAAAAUCUGUUCAGAGUUUGAGAAGAUUGCCAGAGACGCUGUUGAAAGAGCGGAAAACCACAGAAGCCAAUUCAAGGACGGGAAAUGGCUUAGCCAGAAUAUGGAAACAGAUAGGAGACAGCAUAUAGUCAUGACUAACGGGUUCGGCUACCCACCGCAAUCUAUAUCAAAUGGCUCACUGCCUGAGAACUUCCCUUCUACGGCGGAUGACUCUGGUAUUGGGCCGAGCUUGAUCUCACAGGCGUUGCCUGGCAUGGUAGGUGGGGCACAGGACAUAUAUGGAGAGAUCCAGCCUAUGUUUCCGAAUGGUCUCACAAUGCCAUGGGACGGUAGUGCUUUCCACGGGACAUACACUUCACAGCCUUACACCACCAACUCGCUUGACUUCCUGCAGUGAACAGGUGGGGAAUUCUGCACCACACUUACGGGUCCAGUGGGCUUGGAAGCUGUAUUCAGUCGUCACUAGAGCUGAUCCGCGUGCGGUUGGCAUUGGGCUGACCCGACCUGGACCACACCACUCGCCAUUAUGCCUUUGAAGAACGAUUCACUUGCGCACUCCCAAAAUGGUUAGAUACAGAUACUCAUUGAGUGGUUUGUUACGAUCUUGAUCGUUGUAGACCAGCCCUUUUCUUAUUUCGUCUUAGUAUUCUUGAUAUUAGUAUUCCGCGCCUAAUUAACAAACUUUGCGUUUAUCUUGGUGUCUUUGAAUUGAUAUUCUACAGCCUUGAUUGUGCAAAUAUAAGUAAGCGAGUACACUCUGUUAUAAUUGCAAACCGAAAUCUCAGUGCUUGAGGAGAAUAUUACUUCGUAGUAUAUAUAGAUAAUAUCAAAAACC